GGAGUUCUCUGUCGACCAGGACUCCCAUCGUGCAGAUGCCUUCUGGCAACAACAACCUCAAUGUCGGCGGUUACUUUCGCGUCGACCUUGGCAACGCUGCCCUCGACACUCCUGACGACAAGGGCAAGUCCUACAUUGGACACACCGUCACCGACUGUGAGGAGACCACCCGUUACAACCAGCGGACUGGUGGCCGUGGUAUCUGCCGCUUUGUCAACACUUACGUUCUUGUGGAGAACGGCAAGCCUGACGGCCAGGUCUGCGCCAUGUACACCCGCGCUUGGGGCAAGGAAUUCGCCGUAAACACUGGCUACCACACUCUAGAUGCUGAGUACACUAUCAGGAGUAGCUACUCUUACUCCAACGACAAGGAUCCUGGCAGUGACAAGACCUGCCUGAACGGCCUCAAGGAAGACCCGAAACCGUCCAGGAAACCGGUGCUUUCUUCCACCCCCAGUUCCACCGGCAAGCCUGACAACCCGAGGUUCACCUCCAAGCCAGAUGAUCCCAAGUCUACGGGCAAACCUGAGGAUUUCAGGUCGAUUGGCAAGCCGGAGGAUCCCAAACCCACCCCGACACCCACUUCCAAGCCUCGAACGAGGGCCUGAAAUGCUUCAUAGCACGCGCCUGGUCUCCCGCUAACAAGCUUCUGAGCGGACGCUGGCUCGACUAAAAGCACGACAAGCUGACUGCCUACUGGAAGCACUUCGAGAAGGAUGCCACUACCUCCUACAUCGACUGCGAGGGUCUCUGGCGCAAUGCCGCGACCGAUAGCGUCGCGCUCCGGGACCCAUUAUCAGUAAGAACCAGUGGGGAUAUAUCAAGUUCGACGGCAAGGGUUGGGGUAAGUGGC